AUGGCACCAUCUCAGCUAUCGCAGCUGAAAUCAGCUCUCAACUCUGCAGGGCUGAACAAGAAAAACUUUUCAAAGAAGGAUAAGAAAGCGUACAAGAAAGGAGGUGCGAGGGAAACUGAUAGAGCCAAGAAACUGGAUAAGUUGGAAGAGAUCAGGAAGAGCUUGAACAAAUUCGAUGAACGUGAGACUAAAGUUAAACAUGAUGUCGGAGGUAGGAAUCUGAAAGGUGUUACUGGACGACCCAGUGCAAGUAAACAAGCAGGUCUCGAACAGCGUAAGAAAAGCUUGUUACCGGAACAUCAACUCCGCGAUCAUACAGGUACUUUCCGAGAUCGACGAUUUGGUGAGAAUGACCCCACACUAUCGAUCGAAGAUCGUAUGUUAGAGAGAUACACAAGGGAAAGACAGCGAGGUCAAGGAAAGAAAGGUCUUUUUAAUCUUGAAGAUGAAGAAGAUGGUCUGGAUGGAUUUGAUGAAGGAUUUGCUCUGGGCGGUCUCACACACGGUGGAAGGAGUAUAAUGGAUCUACCAGGAGAUGACUUCGAAGCUCAAGGUUUUGGUGAAAGAGAUGAGGAGGAUGAAGAUAAAGGUAGAGUCGAUAGGAGAACAGUGAAUAAAAUUCAUUUUGGUGGAUUCGAUGGUGAAGAAGAAGAAGAGGAAGAAGUCCCUGAAAAGAAGAAGAGCAAAGCUGAAGUUAUGUCUGAGAUUAUCGCCAAGAGUAAGGAGUAUAAAUACGAGCGUCAACAACAAAAAGAAGCGGAUGACGAACUCCGAGAUGAGCUUGAUGAAGACCUCGAUGAUCUCAGAGCGCUAUUGCAGGACAGCGCACCUGCUCGACCAGCUGCAUCUAACUUCGCCAGUACAUCUCGUCAACCUACUGCUGCUCCUGCUGUAGCUGCAGCACCGGAAGAGGAAGUAGAUUACGAUCAGGUCGUACGAAGUCUAGCUUUCGAUGCUCGGGCGAAGCCAAAGGACAGGACCAAAACGGAAGAAGAAUUGGCUCUGGAGGAGAAAGAGAAUUUGGAAAAAGCAGAAGCCAAACGACUGAGGAGGAUGAGAGGAGAGAGCGUUAGUGAUGAUGAAGACGGGGACGGAUCAAGGAAGAAAAGGAAGACAAGUGAUAGAAAGCCUGAUGCGGAUGAUUUGGGAGAUGAUUAUAUUGAAGAUGACACUCUCCUCGGUCCAGGUAUAACGAGAGAGGAAAUUGAGAAUAUGGGUCUCCCAUCGGACGAGGAAGGAGACGAUGGCGAAGAGGUUGAGGAGGGUGAUGGCGAUGAAGAUGAGGAAGGAAGCGAAGACGAGGAAGAAGGCGAUGAGGAGGACGAAGAAAUGGACGAUGAUGAUAGUGAAGUGUAUUCAGAUAUGGAAGAUCUCGAUUAUGAGGAUGUUCCCGAACUCAUUGAAGCUGAUGAAGAGGACUUUGAGGCUGUCGUAAAGAAGAGCAAAGGCAAGAAAGCCGCUAAAGUCGGGAAGACCAAAGAGAUUCCCUUUACUUUCCCUUUUCCUUCCAGCAUAGAAGAGUUCGAAGAUAUCCUAGAGGGUCUCGAAGACUCUGCUUUACCAACGGUAGUUCAGCGUAUACGUGCUUUGCAUCAUCCUAGUCUGGCUGCAGGGAACAAGGAGAAGCUACAAGAAUUCCUUGGUGUCUUGAUUGACUACCUCUUGAUUCUGUCAUCUCGACCCACCCCACCUUUCAUACUCAUCUCUCAGCUCACACCUCAUAUAAUCGCUCUCGUCAAGCUUAACGCGCUAACCGCCGCUGGUCACUUCAUCGAUAAGAUCAAGUUGAUGCAGAAGAAUUUGACUAGGGGACUAGCAAAAGGAGCUUCUCAAAAGGGAUCCAAGACGUUCCCAGGAUGUCCUGAAUUGGUCCUACUUCGUUUGAUCGGAUCGAUAUGGUCAACCAGUGAUUUCUCUCAUCCUGUCGUCGCGCCCGCUGUUCUACUCAUUGGCCAAUACCUGGCGCAAGGUAGAAUUCGAUCUACAUCAGAUAUUGCAUCUGGGUUAUUCCUAUGUUCUAUCUUGGCUCAGUAUGAAGCGUUGUCAAAUCGAGUUCUGCCAGAAGCGGUGAACUUUGUUGCUUCUUCUAUACUGGCGCUUCUUCCGAGAAGAAAAGGAUUCGAAGUGAACAAGUCAUAUCCCGAUUCGAAAGCCAACGGCGUGGACUUAUACGUCGAUCCUUCUGCCGCCGCUGCUCCACAGCAACCGGUCAAUUUAUCUCAAGCCAUCAAUUCGGUUCAAUCGGAAUUGAGCCACGAGCAAGUCGAGCAGACAAAGGGGAACCUGCUUGUGAUCGCGUUCAGGCUAUCUCAGACAUUUGCAUCGAUGUACGCCUCGUCGGAAGCUUUCAUCGAACUGAUCCAGCCUCUGGCAAAAGUGCUGGAAGGAUGUAGAGUAGCGAAAUUAUCUCAGGAAGUAAAGACCCUUCACGCUGCGGCAUACACAUCUCUCUCGCGAUCACUCACCCAUGCUAAAGCAUCCCGCCGACCACUCACUCUCCAGGCUCAUAAACCCAUACCCAUCGCCUCUCACGCACCUAAAUUCGAAGAUAACUUUGCUCCUGGUAAACACUACGAUCCCGAUGUGGAGCGUAAUGCCUCCGCCAAACUCAAAGCGCUAUACAAGAAAGAACGAAAGGGAGCGAUUAGGGAACUCAGGAAGGAUAAUAGGUUCUUGGCCGGCGAGAAAGCUAGGGAACAAGCUGAGAAAGAUAGAGAGUAUAAUUCUAGGAUGAAGAAGGUCGAAGGGUCUUUAAAUGUUGAGCGGGCAGAGGAGAAGGCUAUGCAAAGGGAGAAACAAAAGGAGAAGAGACGUGCAGGUAGAGGAUAG